AGCCUGUUUUAUUGGAUAUGAUGAGCAACUGUUCUUAUGAGGCACUGCAUCAUCGUUUUUCUAUUUGGGACCCUUGUUUGAGCAUUCUAAAUUAACCAUACUAAAAUUUUCCUUAUGUAGCUGCUCGUUGUGGUGACUUUAUUUUAUAUCUGUUUGAAUAUUGUGAUUGUGGCUCCUUAAAAUAUUGUUUUUAGAAUAAUUGUUGUUAGACCAAUUGUAUCCUUUCCCGAGGCAGUGACUGCAGUGAAGGGCCCUGCUGUGUUAACUGCAAAUUUGCUCAACCUGGAAAGAUUUGCAGAGACAUACUUGGUAUUUGUGAUCUACCAGAAUACUGUGAUGGGAAAACGCAUAAUUGUCCAAAUGACAUGUACACCCAGGAUGGAACCCCAUGUUCAGCAUUAGCUGUUUGUGUGAGAGGAAACUGUAGUGACCGUGAUAUGCAGUGUCAAGCCCUUUUUGGCUUCCAAAUUAAAGAUGCUUCACCAACAUGCUAUGAAAAACUGAAUAUACUAGGUGACCGAUUUGGAAACUGUGGAGUGAGGGUGUUACGAGGAGGAGGAAAACCUGCUAAAUGUGAAGAAGAUGAUGUUCUUUGUGGAAUGCUGCACUGUAGUAAUGUCCGUAAAAUUCCUGGUGGAGGUGAGCACACUACAUUUCGUCAUAUAAUAAUACCAGGUGUUAAACAAGAAACAUGCUUUGGAUACGAUGCACACCAUGGGACAGAUGUGCCAGAAAUGGGGCUUGUGGUGGAUGGUGCAACAUGUGGCCCAGGAAAAUACUGUGUGAAACAGAAUUGUACUUUUUAUGAAGACAUGGGUUUUGACUGUGAUGUCAAGACAUGCAAUUUCAGAGGGGUGUGUAACAACAAGAAACAUUGUCACUGUAUGAAAGGUUGGAAACCACCAUCGUGUGAAGAGAGAGGAUCAGGUGGCAGUAUAGACAGUGGCCCCCCACCUUACAAAGAAAUACAUCUUCGAAGCAAAAUAAUUGUUAAUAUAAACCAGGCACUAGUUCUAAUGUUGAUUCGUGUGUUUGUUUUGCUGCUUGCAUUAAUCACUGGUGCCCUUACCAAAUUAAAAGAAUUUUUGACAAGAGCUGAAAAAUAAACUACGGAAGCACCAAUAUUCCAGUUAGUAAAUAAUACUGAAAUGCACAAAGUGGAGAAAAUCACAUCGACACCUACUAGGAACAAUGAAAAAUAAUCACUCUGAUAAUUACACAAUCUUAUCCUGAGAUUGCUACCUUCAAAUAAAAUGCCCUGGCAGUACAAA